AUGAAUUAAAAUCAAAUUAAAGAAUAGGAAUUAGAAAUUGAGUAGUUCAGAUUGUCAAAGAUUUUAAAGAGUUUGAAUAAAUUAAAAGUGAUAGGAACAAGUGCAGUAUCUUUGUACAUACCCCCAAAAAAAAUAAUAUCAGAAAUUACAAGUAGAUUAAACAGCCAAUAUUCUGAAGCUGCAUCUAUAUAAGAUAAGGUAAAUCGGAUUGCAGUAUAAGAUUCAAUUUAAGGAACUAUUUUAAGUAUUAAUAAAUUUUAAUAGAAUAGGAUUAAAGAAAUACAAUAAAGCCCCAGAAUCAGGAUUAGUAUUAUUUUCAGGAUUAGCAGAAUUUGAAAAAGGAUAGAAAAAGAUAUCAUAUGUUAUAGAACCAUUUAGAUCUUUAUAACUAUCCUUGUUUUAUUGUGAUACCUAUUUUCAUGUUGAAUAGUUGGAACCCCUAUUAAAAUUAGAGCCAAUAUAUGGAUUUAUUAUAAUGGAUGGUAAUGGAGCUUUAUUUGGAACAGUAUAAGGAAUAAGCAAAGAAAUACUCAAAUAAUUUAAUGUAGAUUUACCUAAGAAACAUAACAAAGGGGGACAAUCAUCUUUAAGAUUCUCUAGAAUCAGAUAUUGGGCAAGACACAAUUAUUUGAUAAAGGUUAGUGAGCAAGCUAAAAAUUGUUUUAUUUAUGAUGAUAAACCUAUUAUUAAAGGUUUAGUAUUAGGAGGGAUAGCUGAUUUCAAGAAUAAAUUAGCUGAGUCUCCCUUACUGGAUAAAAGAUUGCAACCUUUAAUAAUAUCAAUAGUAGAUAUUAAUUAUGGAGGAGAGAACGGUUUUAAUUUAGCAAUAUAGAAUUCCUCAGAAGUAUUAUAAAACUAGAAACUUUUAAGAGAAAAAGAUUUAGUAUCUAAAUUUUUUUUGAGUCUUGAUCUUGAUAAUGGAAUGGUAGUGUAUGGGAUAGUUGAUACAAUGAAAGCUAUUGAACAAGAAUUGAUAAAGUAAGUGAUCUGUAUUUAAACAUUGGAGUACUCUAUAAUAGAAUGCAUCAGCAAAUAAACUGGAGGUAAUUUUUAUUAUAUAAAUUAGUAAAAUCAAUAAAGUAUCUUAAAGGAUUGGAUGUAUAUACAUAAGGAAGUAUUUUUGAAGACAAUAAAGGAGAGCAAUUUAUUGUUUCUUCAUGUUAAGAUCUUGUAGAAUAUUUAGCAGAAAACUAUAGAUUAAAAGGAAUAGACUUAUAGUUGAUUUCAGAUAAUAGUGCUGAAGGUUAUCAAUUUUAUAAAGGAUUUGGAGGGUUGGCUGGAUUUUAUAGAUUUAGUAUGAAAAUGUAAUUCAAUAUGGAUUCAGAUGAGGAAGUAUGGAAAUCGGAAGAUGAUGAAUUUAUAUGA